AUUUGCCGCUCAAUGUCUCUCUGUAAUUGGAGCAACAUCACUUUAAAGGUUCAGAGAGUACAGCAUUUCUGGUGAAAAAUCCCCACAACACGCCGGUGAAUGUUUUAAAGGGAAAUCUAUUAGUGACUUGCGGAGGGGCGGGAGCGGGCGGCGGGGGGGGGGGGGCGGCGCGGGCUGGGGCCGGCGGGGAUCGGGGUGGGGGCUCGCCGGGGGCCCCUGCCCCAGCCGCUGCCUGCGCCCGCCCCCGCCCCGCGCGGGGCCGCGCCCCUCCGUCCCUCCCCCGCCCCCCCGCCUUGUUGUGACAGUUCCUGAUACUGUUUAUUGAGGUGCAUGUCAGGUAUAAUUAGCAAUCGAUAUGGAAAACGUUUCCUUGCACCCAGCACGCCUCUGACGUCAGAGCCGAUUAGCGCUUCUUAUUGGUCCCAAAUUCCCCGGGCCGCGGCUAAUUAUCGGGAGCUUGAUGUUGAUAAAGUAAAGCGCCGGAGUGCGGGCGAAGCAUGUGUGGGGCUCCGGGUCCCUGUCUCCGCCGCCGCCGUCCGCGCCUCCCGCCGCUGGCCCGCCCCGGCCCCGGCCCGCGCCCCCGCGCCCCGCCGCCGGCCCCGCCGGCCCCCCGCGCGAGAUGAUGGACGGCCGCCUCCUGGAGCACCCGCAUGCCCAGUUCGGGGGCUCGCUGGGCGGCGUGGUGGGCUUCCCCUACCCGCUGGGCCACCACCACGUGUACGAGCUGGCCGGCCACCAGCUGCAGUCGGCCGCCGCGGCCGCCGCCGCGGCCGCCUCGGUGCCCUUCUCCAUCGACGGCCUGCUAAGCGGCUCGUGCGCCGCCGCGGCCGCCUCGGUGGUCAACCCCACGCCGCUGCUGCCGGCAGCCUGCGGGGUAGGCGGCGACAGCCAGCCCUUCAAGCUGUCAGACUCGGGGGACCCGGACAAGGAGAGCCCGGGCUGCAAGCGGCGGCGCACCCGCACCAACUUCACGGGCUGGCAGCUGGAGGAGCUGGAGAAGGCGUUCAACGAGAGCCACUAUCCCGACGUGUUCAUGCGCGAGGCGCUGGCGCUGCGCCUGGAUCUGGUUGAGUCCCGAGUCCAGGUCUGGUUCCAAAACCGCCGGGCCAAGUGGAGGAAGAAGGAGAACACGAAGAAGGGCCCGGGGCGGCCGGCGCACAACUCACACCCCACCACGUGCAGUGGCGAGCCCAUGGACCCGGAGGAGAUCGCGCGCAAGGAACUGGAGAAGAUGGAGAAGAAGAAGCGCAAGCACGAGAAGAAGCUGCUCAAGAGCCAGAGCCGCCACCUGCACUCGCCCGGCGGCCUGUCCCUGCACAGCGCACCCAGCUCCGACAGCGACAGCGGCGGCGGCGGCCUGUCGCCGGAGCCGCCCGAGCCGCCGCCGCCCACGGCCUCCGCCAAGGGCCCCGGUGCGCCCGCCGCCGCCGCCGCGCCCGCACCGCCCGGCGAGCCGCCCGCGCCCGGCACCUGCGACCCCGCCUUUUUCCCGAGCCAAAGAAGCGGCGCCGGCCCGCAGCUGCGGCUAGGCCGCCCCGCGGACAAGGACGCGGCCCCGUGCGCGCCCGGGGCGGCGGCGGCCGAGCGGGGCGCCGCCGGCCUGCCUAAGGCCAGCCCGUUCAGCGUGGAGAGUCUGCUGUCCGACUCGCCGCCGCGCCGGAAAGCCACCCCCGCCAACGCCGCCGCCGCCGCCGCCGCCGCGGGGCUGGACUUCCCGCCCGGGCUGCCGUGCGCGCCGCGGACCCUCAUCGGCAAGGGCCACUUCCUGCUCUACCCCAUCACGCAGCCGCUCGGCUUCCUGGUGCCGCAGGCCGCGCUCAAGGGCGGCGCGGGCCCGGAGCCCGCACCCAAGGAUGCGCCGCCCGCGCCCGCCGCGCCGCCCGCGCCGCCCGCUCAGGCCAGCUUCGGGGCCUUCCCGGGGCCCGGCGGUGUUCCGGACUCGGCCUUCGCGCGCCGCAGCCCCGAGGCCGUCGCCUCCCCGGGGGCCCCGGCCCCGGCGCCUUUCCGGGACACGGCCGCGCCGGCGGCCGAGGGCGGCGGCGGGGACUGUGUGGACGCGGGGGCCGCCUCCUGCUCAGCGGCCCCGCCGCCGCCACCGCUCGCGCAGUCGCCGGGGCCGGGCGCGCGGGCUCCCAGCCCCGCUUCCGAGCCAGCCGUCGGCGGGGCCCCCGAGCCCGGCGCUGCGGCCGGACCCAGCGCGCCGGAUGGCGAGGAGGUGGACAUGGACUGAGGGCGGCGGCGGCGGGGCUGCGAGAGGCGCUCAGCCGGCCCGCGCCCGCUCGCUCAGGCUCCGACUCACACAACGAAAUCAGGUGAUCGGCUUAGAAACACUGCUUUUUCCUCUGUCCUCUGUUU